CCUCUCUCCUUCCUCGACUCCUACUGUCCUACAGUCCUAGCACCAACAGCUAGCCAGCCAUGGCGAUGAAUUCCACCGAGCCCCUGGCCCUCCUGCUGCUGGUGGCGCUGUCCGCGACGACGGCCAUGACCGCCGCCGGACAAGGCUCCUGCAACGGCCACAAGGUGACGGUGCAGAACCUGUGCGGCCACGACCUGACCCUGGGCAUCGAGGCGCGCUCCAACAGCAAGGCGCUCUUCCCCAACGGGUAUCUGCUCCCCAGCGGGAAGCACGAGUCGUUCGACGUGUGCGCGUGGGCGGGGAGCGUGUCGGCGCAGGGCGCAGCCAUGGCCGAGUUCCACAUGGACCACGAGGGCGGGGCGUACUACGAGGUGAGCACCGACCAGGCGAGCAUGCCCGUCCGUGUCUCCAUCACCCCGCACGGCAGCCCGCUGCAGGGCCACUGCCCCACUGCUGGGUGCGACACCGGCAACCACUGCUUCGAGCACUCUGUCCCCGGCGGCAACUGCCACGGCGUCACCGAGAUCAACAUCGUCUACUACAACCCAUAGGUCCAUGUCCAUCGACCGCCUACCUACCUGCUUGCUGCAUCGUCAGUGGCGUUGCAGCUGCAGCUAUUGCCGACUAAUCUUAUUGUGUGUUCCGACGAGGAUGUACCGUUGUCAGUCGUGUACUAUCGGACUUGCAGUUUAAAUACAACAGUAUUUUGUGGUA